GAGCUGGAUGAAUGUGAACUCACGCGGUUUGCCCUUCCCGAUUUCCAGAAUGGCAUCCUUCGCUCGAGGUUUCUCAUGCGUUGGACGGCAAACCUACUUCAACCUACCCCCUUCACUGCGAGUCGCUACAGCACCGAGGUCAUUAAAUUGUCUUCACAGUAUGAGAAACACCCGACACUUCUCCUUUUCUUCCAUCAGACGUCUAGCGGAAUCAAAAAAGUUGCCUAAAAAGCAGAAUGUUCCACCCACAACACCUGGCUCGCGACCAACCAAGAAACCCGGCCUUAGCCCUAAGACUCAUGUCUUCAACCCCAAUCGAAUGCCCAUAGGCUCGAAACCAAUCCUCCUAUACAAAGCACCAUCGCAAGCAUACUACGCCGUCGUCGCCUAUGCAGGCGCAGGGGCAACCGCCUUCGGCGCAGCGUUCAUUUUUAAGAACUUCUGGUUAGAACUACCACCAGAGCUCCCUAAAUACGUAGGUGUUACCUACGGCGGUAUGGCUGUGCUGUUGGCAUUGUUAUCCGCUUGGAUUUGUGCAGCGCCGGUCUUCCUGAUCCGAUCGAUUCAUGCAAUUCCAUUUGGCUAUGGCCUGACUGCGCUUCGGAUAGAGUGCAAGACACUUCCUCUUCCAUUCUUCAAACCUAUUGUGGCGGUGGUGCGGAAGGGAGACGCACAAUGCAGUGGACAUUUGGGGCCACAAGUGAGGAUAUUCGAGAAGAUACGCGCUCGGAACUACCAAGAUCUGUGGGCUGGAACUAGGGAGGAGAGCAUAGUCUUGCGACCAUUCUUCUUCGCCGGCCGGUGGGUAGCCCGGCUAUGGUCUCGAGUGUUCACACAUACGAAGGUCAUUAUUGGGAGGUGGGGUAUGGUUAUAGUAGAUAUUCCAGGAGAGGGUAAGUGGAAAUUGGAUGGAUCUGGAUGGGUGGCUGAUGGUGGAAAACCUUUUGACCAGAUGAUAAGCGUCAUCCCGCCCAGCGGUUUGCUUUCCAGGUAGCAACGUUUCUGGAGCUGGGCCUGUAAAUACGUACUGUAACUGUAUCAUAGAAGCUGCAAUCUUCUUGUGCCUUAGGGUUUGAAUCGCAUGGGGGUCGUGAAUCUGUAAAACGAGUACGCACUGUGUCAGAUUGAUUGGCACCCUGGAAGCAUCUCAUGAAAGGUGGAUGUUACAUCGCUUUAGAUGUAGUACUAGUGUAUACUUUUUGAAUAUAUCUUAGUUUGACACCGA